AUGUCGGCCAGUUCCCAUGUUGCCACUGCUGCUAAGAUCGACGAGGGUGAUGAGCGGUGGAUUGUGCAGGAGCGUGAGGAUGGGCGCAAUGUCGGUGGGUGGCACUGGGAGGAGCGCGACAUGAGCAAGUGGGCAACGAGCCAUUAUGAGGAGCUGGCGACGGGCGCUGUGCUGCUGGAUGGGAGCGGAGGCAUGGAGGCAACGGUGACAAAGGUCAAGUCGUUCACCGGUGAGGUGACCGUCACCCAUCGUCGCGGCAAGACGUAUCUGUUCUACGAAGUCGCCGUCACCCUCUCGUUCAAGGCCACUCUCAACGCCGGGACGCCUGGCGAGGUCGUGGCUAAGGGCACCGUCGACAUGCCGUACAUUGCCGAGGAGAACGCGCGGGAUGGCGACUAUGAGAUCAACGUCAAGCUGACCAAGAACAACUCUGCGGCGGCUCCGCUGCUCGCCGCCAUCAAGGCCAAGGUCCGCCCGGUUGUUGUGGACCUCUUUGUGCGGCUGCUGGAUGAUCUGCGGGAGCACGCCAAGCCGACCGGUGCCAAGAAGGCCUCGGGUGCGGGUGCGAGCAAGGCACCGCCGGCGUCGGGCGCCGCGCAGGUGGCCAUGGAGACCGAGCCUGCGGCGGCGGCGGCGCCUGCGGCGGCGGCACCGGCCAAAACCAAGGGUACGGGCUCGACCAAGUCGGGUGAGAAGACCGACUCGUUCAAGCAAAAGCUCCACUUUGAUCUUCCGCCGGAGGAGGUCUUUGCCUGGAUCACUGACGAGGGCCGGCUGUCUGCUGUGACGCAGGCGGCGACGUCGAUGCCGCUCGAGGCCGGCGCGGCGUUCACCAUGUUCUCGGGUCUUGUCUCUGGAACCAACGUGGCCAUCGAGGCGCCGACCAAGCUUGUCCAGGACUGGCGGUUCGAGUCGUGGCCGGCCGGCCACCACUCGCGCGUCGAGUUCACCCUCACCCCGUCGCGGUCGGGCGGCACGGAUCUGACUCUGAGCCAGUCCGGCAUUCCGCGCUCCGACUUUGAGCGGACCAAGACUGGCUGGUCGUCCAACCUCUUCAACCGGUUCAAGGCCCUCACCGGGCUCUCGGUCGACUUUUUGUGA